AUGGCAGCGGCAUCCCGCAAUGCUACUUGCGGACAGUGGAUAGAGCUGGACCCUCAAGGUCACCUCAAGGUCACCCAAGGCCCUGCGCAGCUUCCCUGCGAUGACACUCCGUUGUUGAUUCUCUCCAUACUGGGUGCGCAGCGUUUGGGGAAGUCAUCGCUCAUGAACCUCAUAGCCCGCUGCCUCAGGGUGUUUGGGGUGAAGUUCAAAGUUCAGUCCAUUCUGGAGGAGCAAGAGUCUUGCACCCGAGGAUGCUGGGGCAUGUUCAUGCACCAGACAGUUGAGGUGGGGUCGCAGCAAGUGCGACUUGUGUUCGUGGACACGGAAGGUCUCACCGAGUCUGAUCCCGGCAGCUUGAUGACCUUCUCGGUGGUAAGCAUGCUGUCUUCGGCAGUGCUUUUCUUGACGGACAAAUCCAUCACAAAAGAUGUUGCCAGACGGCUUCGCGACAUCAUCACGGCAGUGCAUUGUUUGCAGGAGCUUGAGUUGUCUCGGCCACAUCUUGCCCUCCUGGUGGCAGGCUUCGGCGACUCCAGGGAGCAUGCCAAGGCAUGCCGCUUGCCAACAUGGUGGGGUGAGUAUGGAGAAGCUAUUCAAGCAGGCUUCCCCAGUAUGGAGGUGCUGGGAUUGCCCAGCCCUUCCGAGGUCGAACGGAAUUGGCUAGAGGCGCAGGAGGAGUCACCUCUUCCACAAGCAGACUACGUUCAGACAGCGCAGGAGUUCACAAAACACCUCCUCGAGAAAGUCGAGCAAGGAUACCUUCGCCCGAAGCAGAUGGGACAAAAAGCGGUGACUGGCGCAAACCUGCACAGCCUCCUGGAAGUGCUCGUCGCUCGAUUCACCGAGAGCGAUGCGAAUCAGGCAGCGGUUCCUCCUUUUGAUCAGCUGCUCGUGAAGGUAUGCGACAGGGCCACAGAAGCUGUCUUGGACCUUGCGAAACAGCACAGGGACAGGCUACAGGCCAAGCCCAUGUCGGCACCGGAUGUGCAGUGGCAAACCGUGCACAAGGGGUUUUACAUGAGUCUCUGGGAUGAGCGAGUGGCCAAGAACGUGCCGGAUCCAAGCCAUGAGAUCGUGAAAUCAAAGCGGAGCGCCACGAAGGAGCAGCUUCAACUUCUCGGAGAAUCAUUGCAGAGCCAGCAGGAGGAUGUGGAUUUCCUUGGGACGGGUUUCUCAGUAGUGCCGCAAAGACCAGUGCGAAUAUUAUCCUAUGGUGCGCUCGUGGUGCUCAUGGGCCAUGAGGUCCAACUUGACCCCCGCGAUUUGCAACAGACCAAAGACCUCACCAUCGUGGCCACUCGCGUUGUCCUUCCUUCCGGCGAGAUCAAGCUUCCCGGUCGUUGCGUGUGCAUUCUUUGCGCUGAGCUGGUAUGCGCAAGUGAGAGGGGUACCGCGCUGGAUGUGUCCGGUGCAAGUGGCAACAGCUGGCCUCUCGUUGCUGGGCCUGCAGUGGAUGGACAGGCUGGGACAGACGGCUCUCCAGGAGGCUUUGUGCACAUUGUCUCAGGCAGGGUGAAGGGCAUGCUGGCUAUCCAUGCCCAUGGUGGCAAUGGUGGAGAUGGCCAGCAAGGUGGGUGUGGCAAGGCUGGGGAGAAUGCAAAGGGCUACCCCUCUGGCCAGGCAUGGGGGCGUGACCCCACAAACUACAUAGCAAAGGCCAUGCCAGGCCAAAGUGGACAGCCAGGUGGUCAGGGAGGUACAGGCGGCGCUGCAGGCAAGGGUGGGAAUAGUGGUGCCAUCAGGGUGGAAACGGUGCACAACGAAGGUACAGUAGUGAAGCACUGUGAUGCCGGCCGUGCCGGGGGUCCAGGUGACGGUGGUGAAGGAGGCCCUGGUGGUAAGCGACACCCGGUGUCGACGAUAACUGGCACCAAGGAUGGACACAAUGGACGCCAGAAUCCCUUUUCUUUUGACUGCAAGGGGAAUGAUGGUGCUCAAGGUGCAAGAGGCGCCCGAGGGGCCGAAGCGGCAAGUGGGCAGCAGGAGGCACCGAAGAUCUUAGUGACUGAGGCUCUCAAAGAGGCUUUGUGGCAGCAGCUGCUGACCUCAUGCAGGGAUGAGUUGUUCAAAGGCAACCUGGAUGUGGCCAAGCGUUUCCUCACGCAGUACACCGAAAUGGGGGGCCCAGCGACAUGCUGCUUGUAUGAGCGGGUUCGUUCAACUUGUGAGGGCACAAGGCCUUACGUCUUGGCCGUUGCUCCUGGGCACGUCACCCUCCUGCAGUCAAAGUAUGUCGAAAGAAUGUACGCGGAGAGGGCCGUCCCACUCCUGAAAGACUUGGAGGAGACCUGGACCGAGUUGCGAACCUCAUGUGAGAAGGGCCACAACGCAGCAACGGAGAUGACAAGAGCCCGGGAUUCUGUCGAGCAACGGCUGGCUCAACUAUCUGAGACAAUUGCUCAGCACUCAGCCCAAGCCGAACAGGCCCUCAACCAUGCGGAAAACCUGCGUCCGCAAAUUGACGCGGCCCAUCACGAGCUGGAAGCUGCCAUUGGUCCAGAGGUCGAGGCUGAGUGUGCCCGGUUGCAUGACGAGCAUCAGAAGGCCCUGAGGCGCCAAAGGCGGAAGAGAGCCAUCCAGACGGCGUCCAAACUGGUUGAGGAGGGCGUGUCCUUGUACUCGGGAGGCUUCUUCAAGUUGCACAAGGACUUCAAGGACGGCUACCAGAAAGUCAAAGACCUGGGGGAUACUGUGGGUGGCCUUGAGAUCGAGAAGCUCAAAGGCAUUGGCAAGAAGGUGGGGGAACUCAACACGUCAUACCAAACCGUCAGGAAGAAGCUGGAGGAGGGUAAGACAGCGUGGCAAAAGGUAGAUGACGCUCUGGAAGGCAAGGCAGCUUCAAAGGGUGCUAUCCUUCCGCCUUCAAUGAUCAAUGCUGCAUUGGAUGAGAUGGUGGGUACGAUGAGCUGCCGAGUGCAGCAGUGUAUGGCAACCUACCAGAAGUUAUGCUCAGAGCGAUCCACUGCAGAGUUGACAGCUGUGCAGCAUGCCGCUGCUGCGGUGGAGCUUUCCCUGGAGAUUCACGAGCAGAAGCAAAGUCUUGCGAGAAUUCGGGAUGAGGCUUGUCACACGCGAGCUAUGACUCCCAUCCAGGCUCUUCAAUGCACCUUCCAGGCACUUGCAAGCACAGAGGAGCUCGUGCUCCACCUGCUGCACUUGCUGCAUGGCGCGCUUGAGCUUGAGCUGGGCGAGGUCCUUGAGUUGAAGGCGACAAUCGGAAGCCAGGAGAGCAUUGCCCAGACGUUCACGCAGCUGCUGCACCAUACCGCCACCACGAGGCAUAGGAUCGCACAGGACAAACAAAGUUUCUCGAUUGCGAAGACGUUUUCUGCGGCCAGCUUGCCACUUGUGGUGGAAUGGAACAUGUCACAGCCAGAAUUGCAGGGCUGGUGCCUUGUGACAGCCACGAGCCUAAGGGUGUCGCUCCAGAUUGAAGAUGACGCUUGGCCCUCCCACCUCAAUGAGCUCACGGUGAGACAGGCCGGCAUCAGCCAGCAGCGGAGCAAGCUGGGGAAGAUGGUGAUGGCCAGGCACCAUCCCCGGACCUUCAACCUUUCACUGGACUCCGUCUCGGGACAGGUGGCGUCCUUCAAGGAGGUGACCCUCGGUGGCGAUAAGGAGCACUACGUCCACAUUUCUCCAGCGAGCUCAUGGAUUCUUGCCGGCGCAUCCGGCCUGCGACUUCGUGAGGUGCUUAUGGAGUUCAAGUGUGAUGGAGUAGCGAGAACUGUUGGGGUGCCAAGGAGGGCAUCUUUGUAG